AUUGGGUUGCUCUGCACACGUCUCGGGGCUAUGAGAGCCAGCCCCAUAAGUUAUUUAUGCGUACAACAGUGUUUGUUGCUGAUCUGCUGGUUUAUAUCCCUGCAGUUAUUUUAUAUUGUUUUUCAUUGAAAGAAACAUCUGCUAAAAAAAAGGUUUCCAGUGCUCUCUGCAUCCUGCUUUACCCAGGCCUCAUCCUUAUUGACCAUGGGCACUUCCAAUACAACUCAGUGAGCCUUGGCUUGGCCCUGUGGGCUGUCCUUUGUUUGUCCCAUGACUGGGACCUCCUGGGCUCUGUGGCAUUUUGCUUGGCCUUAAAUUAUAAGCAAAUGGAGCUCUACCAUUCCCUGCCCUUUUUUUGCUAUUUACUUGGCAAGUGCUUCAAGAAGGGACUGAAAGGAAAGGGGUUGGUGCUCUUGGCCAAACUGGCAGGGACAGUGCUGGUGUCCUUCGCUGCCUGCUGGCUCCCCUUCGGCACCGACGUGGAACAAAUCAUGCAAGUACUCAGAAGACUCUUUCCCAUUGACAGAGGCUUGUUUGAGGAUAAAGUAGCCAAUAUUUGGUGCAGUCUAAGUGUCCUUAUAAAGAUAAAGAAUGUAAUAUCUCCUCGAACUCAGCUAAAACUCAGUUUUGCUGUCACAUUCCUGAGCCUGCUCCCUGCCUGUAUCAAGCUCACUGUCCAGCCUUCCCUGCGAGGGUUUAAGUUUGCCUUGGUCAGCUGUGCCUUGUCAUUUUUCCUGUUCUCCUUCCAAGUCCAUGAAAAAUCUAUUCUUCUCGUGUCAGUCCCAGUCUGCUUAAUCAUAAAUGAAAUCCCCUUCAUGGCCACGUGGUUUCUACUUGUGUCAACUUUCAGCCUGCUGCCCCUGCUGCUGAAGGACGAGCUGCUGCUGCCCUACGCCGUCACCACGCCCGCCUUCCUGGCCGUGUGCCUCGCCUCCUUCUCCAUCCUGGAGAAAACCUCAGCCGAGGACCUGCAGCUCAAGGCCUUUUCCCUUUCCCUCAAGGGCUACGUGUCCUGGGUUAAGUCCUUUCCUAGGAUUGUCAGGAGCUUGUUCCUGCUGUCGGUGGCCCUGAUGGGGGCGCUGUCGGUGCUCAGCGUUGCCGCGCCUCCUCCCCAGCGCCUGCCCGACCUGUUCCCCCUGGCCGUGGCCGUGGUGUCCUGCCUGCACUUCCUGCUCUUCCUGCUCUACUUCAAUGUGGUGAUGCUCUGGGACUCCAAGAGCAGAGGGCAGAAGAAAAUCAGUUAAUGGAGCUGGAGCUGCAGGGCUGAGGGGGCUCAGUGAGCGCUGCAGAGGAGCCUGUGGGUGAUGGACACAACUCGAGGAAAGCCAGGAAAAACCUUCUGCUUAUUUAAACACAAAACAAUCAAAGACUGUUUUAAAGGAGAAAUAUUUUGAAGAGCAUUGGGAAUGGGAUUUGUUUUCUUUGGAAGUGUUAUACUUUUGUUACCAUUUGUAAACCUAAAAAUGCUUAAUAAAGGACCAAAUUUUGAAUUAA